AUGGCUACGAAGUCGAAAAAGCUCCUGAAAGUAAUUGAUGGUUUCCGCUCGUGGAAUGUCAACUCCCCUCCGACAUACGCCGUCAAUUCGCCCUCCUCAGAUGUUGAGGAAGUUCUGAAGAGCGAGCACUUCCAAGUUGGGAGGGUUGCUAUCCAUGGCUUCCCUUAUUGUCCAUCAUGCCUGGCGUUCGAUGCGGUGCAGAAAAUUGUCGUGGUUGGGACAAAGUCGGGUGUUUUGAGAAUAUUCGGACGACCAGGUGUGGAUUAUGUGGCUUCGCAUCCAUCAUCGGCCGCCGGUGGCCUAAUAUCCAUUUGCCAAGAUGAUGUUGUUCACUUGUGGAGCAUUCGUCAGAAAAAUCCCGAGCUUGUGCACUCGUUACAGUUCAAACGUGAGCACCUCACUUGUGGUCACGUGCCAGUAGGCAGCAGUUGGCUCUAUUUGGGCACGGAUAAGGGCAACGUGCAUUUUGUAAACGUGCAACGCUUCACUACAUCCGGAUAUGUGAUCAAUUGGAACAAAGCAAUCGAUUUAAACCAGUCAUCUCACCCCGGCCGUGUCAUUCAGAUUGCAGAAAACCCACAAGAUGCAAACAAACUACUGAUUGCAUUCAGUUCUGGCCUAAUAAUCUUAUGGGACUUAAGGACCAGAUCCACUGAGGCUCGAUUUAGAUACAAUGAGAGAUUAUAUGGAUUUUGCUGGCACUGGGAAGGCAAAAGCUUUUUGACUUGUCACAAAUACGGCCUUCUCGCCACCUGGUCCUGUCGUCAACCCCAACGACCUACCUCAGUUAUCUGUCCUCAUGCCGGCGGCGACACUAUUCCCGAUGACUACCAAACUUACGAACCGAUUCAAAGUGUGGACUGGUUGCCCUGUAAAAAUGGAGAACCUUUCAUUAUAUUUGUGGGUGGUGGUCGUGCUUCCACUCCGGACAAUCCAGUUACCACUCCCGCGAAAACACCGUCCGACUCAGAUUCGGCUCCUCCAAACCCCGGCAGUUCCGUCAGUCCCGAUGCAUCGGGGCAGUCUGCAGUUACGUCAGCUCAUAGUGGCUCCGUAUCCCCGUAUCCUUGCCUGACAGUGAAGCGCGGCAAACGACUUGUCGUCUUGCAGAUGGACUACAGAGUGGUGCAGUUUGUUUCACUGUGCGCCUCCCCGUUCAUUGGUGAACUCAUGGAUCCAUAUGCAGUGGCUGUGUUGCUUCAGAAUGACUUUGUAGUCGUGGAUCUGCUAUCACCGAACUACGCCACGUUCGAGAAUCCCUAUCCCAUGGAUAUUCACUCUUCGCCUGUCACAUCCUGUCUAUAUUUGGUGGACUGUCCGGGUGACUUGGUUCCCGCAUUCUAUCCCCUCGGUACCCGUUCUUCUACUCGGUCAAAGCGGGCAGCCGAUUCUGACACAUUCUCCACUCGUGAGUGGCCUAUUAUCGGUGGCGAAUGCGGAGUCAGCUACAAUCCCUAUCCUGAACUCGUUCUUACCGGACACGCCGAUGGCUCCGUGAGAUUUUGGGACGCUUCAGAAGUCAAUCUGACUCCGUUAUAUAAGAUCCGAACUUUGCGGUAUUUCGAUGCGACCAAAACGCAAAACCCCCAAUCAACCGGUGAGAAAGACCAAUCCACAACUUCUGCCCCUCCUGAGACUGGUGUAAAUUCCAAUUUUGCCUCCACUCUUUUAUCAACUGAGAUGGAUCCCUACGCCGUCCGGUUUAUGCACUUCUGUCCGGAGUCACGACGUCUUUUGAUUGCUGGUAGCGCUCACGUUUGUCUGAUGCAUUUCUCUCGACGUGAGCAACAAUAUGAAAUCCCCGUCAUCGAUAUUAACAUGGCCUACGACUGUUUGGAAGAUGUAACUGGGCCCGGUAUUACCGAUCCGUUCUCCGAGGAACAGUCUGCGUUUGGGACCACUUCCAAAGACGCGUUUCCACGUACGCGGCGGACAUGCCCAAGCGAUAGCGUUGGUUCAGCUUUUGCCACAGAUAGUGACGUCCGAGUGUUUGUUCCAGUUCGUCCCGGUUCCGUUACCUGGCAUCCGGGUUAUCAACCCACGUUGAUUUGUCGGAUGGGCAUUCCCUCGUAUGGCUUCGACUGUAGUCCAAAUGAUCCUACUUUAAUCCCCCCGCCACCAAUCACUGCAGUUAGUUUAAAUUCCAAAUAUGGCCUCCUGGCCAUUGGUAGUGAAUCUGGUUUCGCUCUGGUGGAUUUCCAGAAUUGUGUAUGCCUCAUAGCAACUUCAACUGCAGAUCUGAUUGCGCCGUCUGAUGUGUUUACACGUCCACAACCAAAUCGUUCCCCUGGUCGCACCACUGGUAGUUCACCCGGUGAGAGCAAGCCUAUGGAUCAGAUGCUUCCUAAACCUGCUGCUCCCCCACGUCCUAGGCUGCCCUCCCAUCUGCAUCCCAUCGCUUCUGUUUCACCAGCUCCUGUAACAAGCCCGCCGAAACCUGUUCAGUCAGAAGCACCAGCUGUUCCUCUUCAAGCAGUACCAGUAACUGCUCCUGAGCCUGUGGGGGAUAUGUGUUGUAAUUGUUGUCCCUGGGGUACCAAUAAGACCGGUGCUACUUACACUGCUCCCCGAAUUGUCAAUGCACGUGCACGAGCAGCGUCAUCUUCCGAACUAAACGUUUCGCCACUAAUUGAGACUGUUCCUGAUCCCAAGAAGACAGUAAGCGUUCAUACUGUUUCGACACCACAGGAUCAUCGGCGUCAACAUCAUCAUAAAAAGACUCACAUAAAUCAUUCGUCCACAAGCAAAGAGCAUGGUGCUCUGCAAACCUCCAAUUGGUCCGUCAGUCUGCUUGACCUAUCUCAAGUUAAUAUUUCCUCCACUCCUGGUGAAGGUUUGAGAACACCACUUCUGAUCGACCACCUACUACCGUUAAAAGCCGUUAGCCCUAUGUUUGCUGCAUUGGUGCUUGCUUGUCAGGCUAAUACAGUGUCGCGUCGUCAGCUUAUCGGACAAGAAAAGUGGCCUGAUUUCGGACCAAUUUCACAAUCUGGAAGUAUGAGUGCAAGUGUGAGCUCACUUGAACAAUCGGGAAACGAUGGUGUCAAGUUUAUAUGCUUUGGUGAGUCCUUCGUGCGCGGACCAGGAUCGAACCCCACCCCAAGUCUUUGGAUUUGUACAACUCGUGGAAAUGUGAUUUCUGUGAACUUGAACACCAAUGUGCUCCGAACGCAACAUCACACAAAUCCUAUCCUCCCAACAGGCUCGUUAUUCCGGUUGAACGGCGAAGUUCUCUUCAUCGCAUUCCUUGAUCUCACGGGGGAAUUGCAAUCUCCACCUUGGGAGAAAUGGGAAGAUGGCUCUCGACCGAUCACACAACAGACAUCCAAUUCAUCUUCAGCUGUUUCCAGUGCUGCCGAACCUGGUGCUUCUGUUGGGUUCCGACAAGGAGACAGCAGUGCAGCAACUCGUAGGCUUGGUGGUGGUCCAAAGCCCCCGAAGGAUGUAGUAAGCAGACAAGUUGGAGCUUCUCUGCCACGUACACCAUCAUCGUCGACUUCCUCCUCCUCUGGCCCUCCAGGUAACAGUUCCAUAUUCCACCAAACUAGCCUGGCAGGUACACCCGACACUGGUCCACCAAGUCAAUCGAAUGAGCCGGACAAGCAGUUGCUGGUCAUCUGUUCGGAUAAACAAGCUCGUGUAGUUUCUCUCCCUUCACAGACCUGCCUAUAUAAAGUAAAAAUCACGGAAACUAGCCAAGUUGUUAGAGCCAGUGUCCAGCGUUUUCGACCGGGUUCCAUUGGAAACGGUGACGUCUCGGGCCCCACGACCUUCCUGGCCUGCUACCUGGCCAACGGUCAUUUCCUCGCAUUCUCCCUUCCCAGUCUACGAAUGUUGAUGGACGUUGAUUAUCUACCCUGUACUGAAUGUGUAUCCCACUCAUUUGCGUUUGGACAACAUGGACAGGCAGUUUAUAUGAGCUCGCCUUCGGAGUUGGUCAAAAUAACAUGGGCUGCUGACGUAUGCGCUAAUUUAAAGGACAUGCAGGGCGAAUUGUUUCUGCCGUGCAAUAUGCCUGAACCACCAAAACGGAACUUCAUCAUGAAUCUGCUCUCCGGCACCACGAAUACUUCACUGGACCGAGAUGAGUUAUUUGGUGAGUCUUCCUCUGGAAAAAGUAUGCCAGGGGCUACUGCUCUUCUGCCAAACGCACGAAUGGAAAAGCUGACAGCACAAUCCAGUACUACUACCUCGGAAAUCGCCCGGGCCCGUAAUGCUGCGAUCGAGCGUGGAGAAAGGCUGCAGCAGUUGGAUAUACAUACGCAGGAGAUGGUAGACCAAGCAAAAGGCUUCGGUCGUUCGGCUGCCAUCCUAGCAAGCAAAUAUGAGAAGAAAGAUAAGUGGUGGGGAUGGCCGCUUUAGCUUUCCACGAAUUUGCCUGCUCGAUCAAUGACGAAUUGACGCCAAAAACAGCUAAAUUGUCCUUGAUAGACACAGUUUUUCAUGAGACAGCUUCGUGUCGUGAGCCAUUCACAUGGCACAUCCUAAACGACAAGGUUAACAUUCCUUUGGGUGAUUUUGAGGUGGCACCUUCACAGCCCUUGUUGUUUACUUCAUCCCAUUGUUUCCGUUGUCUGAACAGAUGCGUUACAUGUUCUCUGAACUCAUGCACUUGCUGUAGAUUUGUUUUCACAAGGAAUCGCCUACUCUUGUUCUGUUUUUCUUUUGGUUGAGUAGUUCACUUCCAUAGUUCAGAUUAUGGUUGUAUUCCAACCAAACUGUUCCGUCCUACCUGUGCCCAUUAGUUUCAUCAGAUUUGCUAGUCACAUUGGUCUGUGAUCACUUGUUUUUGUCCGUGCCAGUUACCAGGUUGAUCAACCGAACGCUGUAUUCCUGUCUGGAAACUCACUAUCUCCUGUUUCUUUCACCAUGUCAUUUUCUCCUGACUAUAUCUUCUUGAAUGUGAUAUCUUGUCCUCGGACACUCCUGUAUAUGCUUUGAGUGUGCUCACUGCGCUGUUUUCGUUGUUAGUUUCUUCUUGGUACAGUACAUCUUUCUAGUGAUAGCGCCUCCUGCGCUCAUGACCGAAUCCAGAGAUCCUCUCUGUGACUUGGUCACUCUAAUCAGUGCACUAUUCCGAAUAUUAUCGACCAUUAAUACUUUGAAUUGAUCUACAAAC